AGAAGAAUAGUUUCGUUAGCCGUGCGUCCAUUUCCCGUUCCCAAUCCUAAUUUUCUAUCGCACCCGUCUGCCUGGUUCGCUAAUGGCUCAAAUAAACAUUCACCAAGAAAACCAGUUGAAAAUCAUUUCGUGACUUCUGGCUAUUUUGAUGGCUUAAAUGUUCAUAACCCACAGCUUAAAAGCUACCGAUAGCUAUUUCGCAUCACUCUUAGUCUCAACUCUAUGUCUGUGACAGAAAAUACUCAACUUUGGAUUUGUUCUCGUAACUGGAACAAAGGGUCCACACGAGAAAAACAUAAGAGUUUCAAAGAAACGUUUAUAACAUAGAACUUCAUGGCAACCUGUAUGCAGGAAUUACCGAAAUCCAAGGCUCUGGCGCAGCGUUACCUUUCUACCCAUCAUAUGUCUCCAAAAGAAACUAAUAGCUAUGCAUGCCGAGUCUUGAAGAAUUUAUAUUCUCUUUGGCAGGAUCAGCUUCUUUGUGAUGUUGAGAUCCAAGUGGGUAGCAAAACCUUUUAUGCCCAUCGUAAUGUACUGGCCGCUGGGAGUUCUUACUUUAAUGCCAUGUUUACUAGUACUUUAGUAGAAAAUGACCAAAAAGUCAUCACUUUGCAGGGAUUACAACCAGAAUCUUUUCAAAGUCUUCUGCAUUUCUUUUAUACAGGUCAAAUUGAAGUAAGUACUGAGAAUUGCCAGGACCUCAUGUCUGCGGCUGACAUGUUUGAUGUGACUGAAGUGUUGGCGUUCUGCUGUGAAUACCUCAAACAACAAUUGUCUGUUGACAACUGCAUUGGUAUCUAUAUAUUUGCUGAAGCACAUGCGUGUGAAGAUGUUCUGAAUGCUGCAGAGAAAUAUAUUUACAGCCACUUUGCAGAGGUUGAACAGUCCGAAGAAUUCUUUGAUCUUCCUAAGGAAACUCUGAUCCAUUUCUUAAGUAGUGAACACUUGCAUGUAAGAACCGAACUGGAGGUGUUUCACCUGGCGCUCAGGUGGCUUCUGCAUGACAUCGCAACUCGGAAAGUAUUUAUUUGGGAUGUCAUGUCUCCUGUUCGAUUCCCUCUAAUAGCAGAACACCAACUGCAAGAAUAUCUUCAAAACUCUUUUGACUUAGGCGAUAAUGAACACGAUAUUUCUCUCUCUGUGAUUUGCUAUAAAAUGUACAAACACAACAGAUUAAAGACGAGUCUAAUGAGACCUAGGUUACAAACCUGCAAAAACAUAUACAUAAUUGCUGGAUUCUCUCGACUCCAAGGCAAAAAAUGGGCCGAUGGUGAAACCCUGUCUUGUGUGGAAAAAUUUGAUACGUUUGAAAAGCAAUGGAAGAUUAUGCCUGACGUUGAAGAUGCUCGGAGUGGCCAUGGAACUGCCGUGUUUAAUAAAAAGGUUUUUGUUGCUGGGGGAGAGCAUGACUCAUUGAUCUGUGAUACGGUGGAAUGUUUUGAUCCGACAACUGGCGCAUGGAGUGGAAUUGCUUGUAUGAAUUUCCCUCGUUGUAAUCUAGCAUUAUGUGCGGACAGGUAUCAUUUAUAUGCAAUCGGAGGCUGGAUUGGAAGUGAGUUGGGGGCCACCAUUGAAAAAUACGACUCGACACUCGAUCAGUGGAUGGUGUGUGGUAAAGUAAAUACUCUGCGAUAUGCCAUGGGAUAUGUUGAACAUGAAGAAGGAUUAUUCUAUUUGAUUGGUGGUGCUGAUUAUUCUGGCAUUGAGUUGAAGACUACUGAGUGCUACAACCCCGUCACCAAAGAAUGGACCGUUCUGAGAGACAUGCCAACACGGAGAAGCCAUGUGGCUGUAACCAUCAUUGAUAACUAUAUUUAUGCGGUUGGUGGCUGUAAUGAACACGAAGGGGCCCUGGAUGUUGUCGAAAAAUAUUGUAUUGACACCGACAGCUGGAGCAUUAUCCCACCGAUGCUGUCCAACCGAGCUGGAGCCAGUGUGGUUACUGUUGACAAUAUCAUUUAUGUUUUUGGUGGCUGGUUUACAGAGAAGGGUCUCAUUGGUCAGUAUAUGGCACCUACAACUCAUUACACUUCAGAAUGUUACAAUCCGCAAACAAACAAAUGGACAGCAGGUCCUUCGAUGAGGACCGGUCGUUGUGAUACAGGCAUUGCAGUUCUUUUGUGAUGUAGAGGAGGGCUUUCCAUUUGGUGUCUCGAUCUCACUGGUGUCAGAGGGCCGUCAAGGGCCAUGGCCACAAUCUGAUCAUAUUUCUUCUACAUUUUGAAAGGAAAUGCAAGGAGUUACUUUGACUAAAUAGGUUUCUUAGUCAAGUUAGUCUGUGUUCUGUCACCAACACACCAAUGUCCGCUGGAGAUAAUCCCGAUCUCUUCCUGCUCUGCUGAAUGGAGAAUCCGACAAGACAAGCAAUAACAAAGUAGGAAAUACAGUCAAAGAUUAAAUAGGAUUAAUUAAAACAUCAUGCUGCAACGUAAUCAAAAGAUUUUAUAAGAAUUAAUAUAAUUAAUGAUGGAGCUGAAAUACAUUUCAAGUUAUUUUUAGCCCAGCAUCAGCUCCGACUAUUUGUCUUUUGGGGGGAUUUUUUAAAAACUUAUUCAAUGUGUGUCCCCUCUUUUUUUUUUUCCUAAGAUGGUAUAAUGUGUAUUGAGGAAGAUUUAGCUGCUACUUCUCGCAGGUUGAGCAAUCAUAUAGAGUCUCCUUUCAAUGACUGGUGUGGUUACCGUCUUGUGUUUUUCUGUAGAAGUUUUACUGUGAUCAAAACAUUCCAAUGACCAGGUACAAAAGACCAGGUGUUCCAAAUAAACAAAUACUUUAUUUCAUAAACAUGGACACACAGACAUUGUACAUUCCUUCCAAGAUAGCUGAUCAUAAUGUCAAUGAUGUUUAAGAAUAAAGAAACUUUAAAAAGACAAAAAACAAUGAAUAAAUUAUAAAUUAAUGGCUAAUUGAAUAUUUCAUCAUUUAGAACAAGCUCUGCACAUAAUUGAUGUAAAAAUUGAUUUUAUUUCACUUAGAUUUGUGUAAUUUGUGGGAUAAGAUGAAGCGGAAAGGAAUAUUUCUGGCUGAAUUCUUUACAGAUGGUGAGAAGAACUGGGAAUUUUUUUAAGAUGUCCAGGUCGGUAUGGUAGGUGUGUUAAUUAUCACAGGAGAUGACAAAGAAAGUAAAAGACAAAAAAAAAGAAUAAGAAACAAGCAAAGAGGAGGAAAAAAAAAACAAAC